AAUCACUCGACUUCCGGUCGGGGAGCAACUCAAGAGACUUCCCUGCGGCGGCGGAGCGGAGAGACACAAUAACAAAGCCACGGGAGAAAUGUCCGGCUUCGAGAACAGACUGCAGUCGUACUCUUCCACACAGCUGAACGAACUGCUGGAGGACGAUGACAAGCUCCGGGGAAUGGUCCGGGAGAUGGAGGAGAUGCAGGACAUGCAGCAGAAUAAAGAGCUGACGAUUGCCAGUAACCGCAGCCUGGCGGAGCAGAACCUCAACCUGCAGCCUGAACUGGACCAUCAGAAGAUCCAGCUGACCAAACGCUACUGCUGUUUACAAGAUCUGCACGAGUCCUACCAGCUCCGCAGGUCCACGCUAGGUAACAGUUCACUUGACACAUUGUUGGCUCUUUUGCAAACCGAGGGAGCCAAGAUCGAAGAAGAAACAGAGAACAUGGCCGAUUCAUUCUUGGACGGGUCCUUGCCCCUGGACAGCUUUAUUGAUGACUACCAGAGCAAGAGGACGCUGGCACAUCUGAGGCGUGUGAAGAUCGAUAAGCUCCGGGAGAUGGUGCUGAAGGGGGUUCAUCUUCCUCAGGGUUCCUCUACUGAUCCUUCACAACCUCAGGAGACCCAUAACUCCACCGCACCUUUCCAAAGGCUAGCUAAUGGUUCUCCAGCUCACGUAAGACCAGCACCAACAUCUCAAGCAUCGGCAAUGCCUUACAACCCUCAGAGCAUCGGUGUUCCUCUGCCAAACACUGUGCCGUCAUAUUCAUGUCCACACCCACAAGCACUUCCUCAAGAGCCCGGUGCUGGUCUUCCCCCGCGGGCAGGUUUUAUAAUGCAAUGAUGUUCUUCUGCCUCAACAUUUCCAUUAGAAUGUGAAAUGUCAUUUUCCACCUUUUUCUUUAGAUGCACUUUGAUCGUAACAGGUUUGGGUUUCUGCAGGUACACAAAGAAUUCAGAUGUUCAGCAGAUUUCAGCUCAUUCUGUGCCACUUAUGUGUUUUGUAUCUUGGCAUGAACUUUUUUUUCACAUGUUCAAUGCAGAAAAUGCAGAAAGCUCUUGUGAACCUGGCUGUUGGUUAACUACAUAUUAAUUUCCGUUUGUUUACAUAACCUAAAGUGCUGUUAGAUGCAUCAAGAUUAGGAUUCAGAAUCUAAAGUUUUAAUCAGAAAAGUAAUGUAAAUGACUUCAAAACAAUGGGGGGUAUUGCAUUUCUUACGUAAAUAUCCUAGUUGAACUGAAAAUGUUCAAAUAGGUCCUUAUGCACAUGUAAGACAACUUUACUGUGUACUUUUAUAUUCCGUGUGGAAACCUGUAACCACAACAGACAAUAUUGGCAUUUUGAACUUCUGGGUUAAAAACUGACCAAAGAUGCACUCAAACUGUUCCAUGAGCGCUCCGUCAAGUGGUUUUGAAUAUAGUGGCUUUGUUGGACUUCAAUUUGAUUUCAUUUAAACAUGAAAUGAAAUGUGACAUUAACAGACCAGCCUGACAGUAAAUCUGCUGUAGAAAGACUUAAGUAAACAGUUUAAUUAUCCUAAACUGAAUUAAACUAUCCUUAAACGGCUACCAUAUUCAAAAUAAUAUAAAUAUUAUAUUAUUAAAAUAAUUAGAACACUGUUUACAACAUUACAGAUAUGUAAAGCGAUCUAUUUUGGCACUGAUGAAAUCUGUCUUUGCAGAGAAGUGCAGGUACUUUGAAGUAAGAACUGUCAUGCUGAGUUGUGACAGUUCUUGUGCACUUUUAUAUGAAGGAUGUUAUUAUGCAAAUCUGUGAAGUUAGAGAGUAAAGUCACUUACUGUAUACUGAUGUAAGUACAGGUUAAAAGAAAUCAAAUGUGCCUUGCAAUAGAACCAACAAAAAAGUGACGAAGAAAGCAUUUAAUCACACCAUCGCUGUGCUUUGAUAAAUCUUCGAAGCCAUCUACAACUUUCUGUUUCUGAAGACAUUAAUGGUGCAGAAUCCUUCUGAGCUGUUUUAUCUGUAGUAUUGGUAACCUGUAACACUCCUUAUGUAAAGUACUGUACAUUGUAGCUGUUUGAUUAGUGGCUCUCGGUGACUUGAUUAUUAUUAUUAUUAUUUUUUAUGCUGAUUAAUAAAUGCCUAAAAGACUACCAAAAGUGAAA